AUGCCAGCUGGAGCGAUCGUGCGCGAGGUCGCUUCUACAGAAUCGCACAAGCACGUUCGCAAACUCGGUAACCUACGUCUGCAGCAGCAGGAGAUCAUAUCGAUAUUGGUCACCAAGCCGGACUUCUGUGGCCUUUCCAUUGCCGAACUGAAGCAGAUCGACAACACAUUCCGGGGUGGUACCACGCGAAAAUCUUCAGCUCAGGCUGUGUUGAGGAGCGGUCUUGAGUAA